AUGGUCGACGUAAACACUACCAGAGCCACCUCGAAGAAGAUCAAAGACUCUUCGGCAGCAAAAACCAGGAAUGAAGACACGUCAAUCGCGAACUCCCUAAUCCCUGGUACAGGCUCUGGCUCGACUAUGGAAGGCUCUGAUGUGCAUACCCAAGCCACUAAUAACGGCAGAGCCUUGAACGGCAAUAUCUCAAACCCUUUGGGUACGACCCAAGAGACCGGAACGCCAGAGAGGGUCGAGAGAAACGCAGGAGAAGAAGUGCACUCCUUGCUAGUAGACACGAGCAAAUCCCGCAGAGACCGAGCCCCCGCGGCAUUGUUAUACCCUCCCACUAAGGCAAAGACCGGUGUCCCCACCAAGAGCCGAGUUAUCGAGGAGGAAGAAGAGGAUAGAUCCCCAGGCACCAAGCCAGUCACGGCGGCGACACCUACCGCUGAGCCUCAAGCGGCUGUACAAGACCCGGACAAGUUCUACCUAACGGAAGGGGAUCUAGUGUACGCUAUCGGUACCGUGACCAACCACAACAGUGUCGGUUUCGCCCCGUUCCUCGACGAGAAUAUAAGAAAGUUGCGUUCCCCCUUGCCAUUGACGAUAUUCAAUAGGAAGUGGCAACAAAGGGCCAUGGCCCACCACUUAGAUAGACGCCAGAGGUCUGAUGACUCGUCUGCAGACAGAGACAAGUCCGGCGGGUACAAAGGCUUCUCCUUCGUUCAAGAAUGGACGCAGACGUACGCCCAGUGGACAAGGAAUCAUCGAGCCUUCGCAAAGACUCUCCACGAUGUCUAUAAGAUUAUCAAAUUCUCGAAGUUGCUAGCGACUCACAAGAACAAUUGUGACGACAUAACUGAAGAGUUUGGCUUCAUGGUCGCGUUCCGCUACGACAUGGAAGUUAGGAGCAACACCUUCUCUCACCGCAUAACAGAUGAAGAUGUGAAAAAUGCUAUCCCAGACAUAUCCCAACGGAAAGAAUCAGUAGUCGAACAGUGCUACAACAUUUGCAGAAACUUUGGAGAGUUAGAGUGGGAGGAGAAUCUGUACGCACCAGGUUUCUCACACAGCAACCACGACCCCUUGACCGGUUACCUCAAGAUGUCCAAAAACAACUACGGGUAUCAACCGUCGCAACACAGCAACCCCAUGAUCACGAAUCCAAACAUGAACGGGCAGAAUUGGAUGAACAAUAACGGCAACGGUUACAUGAACACACGCAUGAACCAGAACCAGUUCAACAAUCAGAAUUACGCCGGCAGGUUCAAUAACCAAGGCGGAAGUAAUGGGGGCCAAGGCUUCCAGAACAGCGCAAAAAGGCCAAGGGGCGGUUAUAAAGGAGGUAAUUACACGGAGAACUUUGGUGGGAAGGUAGACAGCAACCAGCCAAACGGAAGAAAGAACAAUAGCAACAAGUAG